AUGACAACGCAAGAUGAUGCCUUAUUUUUUACAAAUGCAAUGAAGAAUUCAGGAAGACUGACAAGCAAGCAAGCCGACGACAAUGAUAGACGGAAAAGAAUGACCCAACAGCGUCAAGCUCUUUCGAGCAGGAUUCGAAAACAAAAGAAAUCCGAAUACCUUGCCAACAAAAGGAGCAUAGGACACUUGACAAGCACGCCCUACAGCCCAUCCAAGGGCUUCACCAGUGAUGUAAUGAAAUUAUACAUUCGGAAUCCAUCCGUGGGCACUCUACAAGCUGUUUUUCAGUCUCUACCUGCAACAGCAGAGAAAUUAAAAGCAGAGGCCAGCAAGCCUUUGCUGUUUUUUUCAACCAACGAAGAAGAGAUCGCAGAAAAAUUUGUCGUGAAGCUGGGAACUCAUGCUGCUCCUUAUAGAACACAGCACUCUUUGUGCCUGAACAUACUGCAAAAGCUAUCUGCGAUCUCGUCUACCUCGAUCUUUUUGGAAGAAGACUACUACGGAAAUUCAUGCAGUUGGAGUGUCUUGAUCGCGGACGAAGCAAGCCUCGUUUCGUUGGUGAUGGACAAUGUUGGGAAGUACGAGUCCUGCCUUUUGGUUUUGGGAAAUCUAGCGAGUGAUCCAUCUUCUCACGUUUGUCCAAAAUUGAGACAAGCUGGAUUGGUUGAUACACUUGUGUCCUGCAUUCAACAACCGACAGCAGCAUGGGCUUUGACCAAUGCAAUUCGGCACGAUUCAAGUGCCUAUGCAUCAGAAUACUGCGCGGAAAACUUGUUAUCAGCUUCUAUGCUAGAAUCCAUGCUUCAGUCUAAUUCAGUGGCAACUCAAGCUGCCUGGAUGGCGGCUUCAAUUUUGGAUCGCGAAAAAGAAACAGUUCAGUACUUGGUGUCACAUCCAUCAUUUUGCAACACCUUGGUCUCGCUAAUACAGCGUCCCAAUGCCCCCAACCAACUGGUCCCAUUAUUACAAUCGUUGGGUUCUAUUGCAAGCUAUGAAGCUAAUGUACCAAUUUUGCUUGGGAUACCUUCUUUCUUGCCUACUAUUGUCGAGCUUUUGCAACCUCCCCUAAGCGACAGGGAAGUCUUCCAAAAGACUGUUUGGCUUGCAGGCUGUCUACUAGUUGAUUCGAGAUUGGAAAACCACCCUUCUUCAAUACAGGCCACUCCUGCUUUGGUUCCGACCCUUUUCGAAUAUAUGCGCUCUGAAUUAUUAUCAUCAACCGAGAAGCAGGAUGUUGGAUUCGCCCUUUUGAAUGCCAUGGACGUACCACCAUCUUGUGACUUAAAGCCCAACAUGUCAUACAUGCCAUUCUUUUUGCCGGAUCCACCUAUAGUGAAGGGAGCGAUUCUAAACGGAAUCGUUGGUUUAGUCAAAUCAUCGGAUGCUGAUGCUGCAGUCACAGGAGUCCAUAUAUUGCGAUUGUUGCUUCGACAAGAAGGAGAUUUCUUUAUGGAGACAUUGGAAGAAGCAAAUGUCCAGUCGGCGCUGGAGGCGUUAUGCAACUCUGAUGUAGAUUUUGAGACGUCUGAAGUGGCAGCUGAUAUCCUUGAUGACUUCUUCUAUUUGCACGAGCUUGAAGACGAUGUGAACAUGGCCCCAACCAGAAAGAACGAUGGCACGCUUGCAUUUGGUCUACCCGAUUUUACAAUGAGUCCAAGUGGCGGAGAGCCCCAUUUGGGAAUGGGGCGAGGAAGGGGGGCUGUCAUGCCAUCUUGGAUGACGAAAACUUAA